AUGAAACUGCAAAGCUUCGUCCUGUCCUAUCACUCUGCCAGCCCCACUUCAUUCUGCCAUGGCCAUAGUGAAUGGGAGAGGGCUAUACGUUACCGUUCUGCAAUCGCCCUUCAAACGCGUGAGGGCUCACGAGGCUUACAUGCUUUCCGGCGCUUUGAAGGGCCAGUCCUUUGCAGAGCUGGGAGACUUCAGGCGCUUCACCGGGUUGGUCUGGCCACGGCCACAGUUGCUUUCAGCUUGGCCUCUGUGUGGCGCCACCGAGUAAGCUCCCGAAGGCUGUGUCAACUUCGCAGCGCCGCAGAAGAUGCCGAGACUCUUGUAGCUUUUCGAGGAGUUUUGAAGCAGCAUAGCUUGCAAGCCUACAUUGUUCCAACUGAUGAUCCUCACAUGUCCGAGGUUCCGCCAGAUUGCUUUGCCAGAAGGAAGUUCCUCACAGGCUUCACCGGCUCAGCCGGCAGUGCAGUAGUCACUGGCUCUGAAGCCCUGCUUUGGACAGAUGGCCGGUAUUUUCAGCAGGCCAGUCUCGAACUGAGUAGCAGCUGGAAACUGAUGAAGAGCGGAUUGCCUUCGACUCCUUCGCUCGGCGACUGGCUUGCAAAUAACUUGCAGAAAGGCGAUGUGGUUGGCAUCGAUCCCAAUGUGCAUCCGGCAACAUGGGCGAGAGAACUGCAGACGAAGCUUGAAAAGGUGGGAGUGGAGCUUCGUGCUUUGACCCCAAAUUUGGUGGACGAGAUUUGGGUGCAAAGACCAGCAUGGCCUUCAGCAGCAGUUCGGGUUCAUCCAUUCGAGUUCGCUGGAGCAACCGUUGCAGACAAACUCACCAAAGUCAGAGAUGAACUUUCCAAGAAACAAGUUGACCUACUGGCAGUGACCUCACUGGAUGAAGUGGCGUAUUUGUUCAACAUCCGUGGGGGCGAUGUUCAUCGCACACCAGUUGUUUUGGCCUAUGGGAUGGUUGAGCUAAAUAGAGCUACUGUAUUUCUGGACCACGGAAAGUUGGCGCCAGAGGUGUUGUCUCAUUUGAAAGAUGCGGAAGUGGAGGUCCGUGCGUACGAGGAUUUUGCCUCCACGCUUCAGACGAAAGCCCGCGACGGAUGCAAAGUUUGGAUGGAUAUUCAAAGAUCAAACUACGGCCUUUUCCUGGCAAUGGGUGCUUCUGGGCCCAAAGAAACGCAAGCUUCACCAGUAGCUUCGAUGAAGGUUCGCAAGAAUGAGAGUGAGUUGGCUGGCAUGGUUGCAGCACAUCGCCGAGAUGGUGCUGCAAUGUGCGUUGCCUUAUCAGAGUUGGAAUUCUUGAUGCAGAGCCACCAGCCAGUGACCGAGAUGGAUGUAGAUCACAUUGUGACAGCUGCGCGAGCCAAGCAACAUGGCUACUUGGACAACUCCUUUGACACCAUUGCAGGGUUUGGUGCGAAUGGCGCCAUUGUACAUUAUGUUGCGCAAGCUUCAAACGCGGCGACUCUUAGCACAGAUUCAUUUCUAUUGCUGGAUUCCGGUGCCCAGUACGUUGAUGGCACCACAGAUGUCACUCGAACAGUCCACUUUGGCGCCCCCACGGCUGAAGAACGUCAGAUGACCAAGGGCCAAGGGUCUUCGGAGAGGACAUUAGAGGACUGUAGAUCGAGAACAGGCUCAAAAUAUUGCAAAACAACCUGCAUUGAAACAUAUUGA